AUGGCCCUCCCAACUGCCCCGGCCGUCCCCAUGGAUUUGGGCGACGACUUCAAGUUCGGUCCUACUGUGCUUGACCCUGACCAGCCAGAGGACAAUGAGAACCUGAUCCAGCUCAAUGGCUUCUCCAGCGUUCAAACCACCGGCGGCGACAUCGCCAUGUCGCAGCUCGGUGUUCUAGCAAAAUUCACCGGAACAUACAGCGGCUUCGGCUUCAACACCAUAUUCAGGCCCAAUGGCACCACUACUCCAACCAAUCUUCCUAAUCUUCCCCCAUCGGAAGAUCCAGAUGACAACAUCCUUCAGCUCAACCUUACUAGCGAGUCUAUGGCCUUUAGUAAAGGGCUCACAGAUGUUCCCAACCGCGGUCUGGAUACCCAGGCUGAUCUUUUUCUGAACGGUGUACCGUACACUCAGACGAUCGCCGACAUCACAGAGAUCGUGGCCCCUGGCAAGCAGCAGCCUGUCAUUCACUUCGAGCCUGGCCUCUGGAUGCACGUUCCGGCCAGCCAGCAGAUGCCUGUCCUAGCAGCCUCUCUCUCUCGUAUGGCUUCUAUUCCUCACGGCACAUCCAUCAACGUGCAGUCUUUCCAGCCGACUGUCACUUCAAAGGGUGCACCCAACAUUCCUUCGGUUGACAUCACCCCCCUUGUCGCUGGCAGCACGCAGAAGGCACCCUUUAGAAGCCAGAAUGCGACCGAUGUCAGGACCCAUCGCCUUCCUCAAGAUCUUACGACCUUUAUCAAGGCCGGGACUAUCACACAACCCAUCUUGACUGAUCCAAACACUGUGCUUCGAAACGCCAACAAUGGCAAGAACAUUAUUGAAAACACUACCUUUUCAGUGUCCUCUAGCCCCGCAAACCCUGACCUGGGCGGCGGAACAAGCAACAUCGGCUUCCUUGUCGGUGCUGACGGAGGUUUUAAGACCGCUUCGGUACAAGGCCGAAGCGGUAACGCGAAUGCCAUCAAGGUCACUGCCCAGUACUGGCUCUCCAAGAUCCGAACCAAGGUUGACCUCCCAGCUGUUGAUGUCAGUGUUGACAAGAAACACACCGUGUCUCCUGCUUCUCACGGUCCUAGAGACGCUGUACCAAAGUUCCUCGUCGACAUUAACAUUCCAGCUGCCAAGACAGUGACUGUUGAGUACACCCAGAUCCAGUAUUCGCAGACCGUAUUCCUGGACUUCAAUGGCCUUAGCUGGCCCCACGUUACCGUUGGAACAUUAGCUCCAACGUCCCGCCACAAGCUAUCGCAGGUUCUUGUGGCGAACUAG